AUGCCAAACGAUACUCAUGACUACUCAAAAAUUAAACAGCUUACUGAAGAGACUAUUCUCAAAAUCUGCCCUCCAUCCUGUCUGCCUAAUCCUCCUUCUGAGUUCGAUAUUAUGAAAGAGGAGGAUGAAUUGAAUGACCACGUUCUAAAGGAGCUUGAAUCUCCAGUCACUAUGGAACAUUUGGACCUGGCUAUUGCUUCGGUUAACAAGAAAUCUGCUCCUGGCCUUGAUAGAAUUUCUAACAGCAUGUUAUCGCAUUUACCGUUUGAUUUCAAAGAACUUCUUGUGAAUUUAUUUAACCGCUUCUUGGAGGAAGGCGUCGUCCCUGAAGAGUGGAAGAGGUCACUGGUGAUUUUCAUACCCAAGCCUGGCGGCUCUGGAGUUAGACCUAUCUCCUUACUUUCAUGUGUACUUAAAGUCUUCGAGAAGAUUAUUUACUGGAGGCUCAUGUGGCUUGUGGAAUCUCAAGUAGUCUUACCAAACGAGCAAAUGGGCUUUCGCCCUAACAGAUCUUGCAAUGACAGCUUGGUCACCUUUACGAAUCAGAUCUGCCUGGCUCUUUCAAAUAAUGCUUACACUGUUGCAGUUUUCUUGGACAUUGCUGUAGCUUUCGACAACGUUUUACCUUCUGCGGUUUUGGAAGAACUCAAAUCGUCUGGCGUUCCUGCCUCUAUUAGAAAACUUGUGGAAAAUCUUAUCUCAGAGAGACAUGUGCAGUUCUUAAUGGAUGGAUCAAUUGGGGAAGCGAAAUUGUCGCGCAAAGGCACACCGCAGGGAUCUACUCUUAGUCCUCUGCUCUUCAACAUUGCUCUUUGCAAACUUAAUGCAUGCAUAAAUGGUAACGUUAACUUUCUACAAUAUGCUGAUGACAUCGUUCUAUUUUCGUCCGACAGUUCCCCACUUACUGCUGCAUCCAAUAUUCAAAAGGCCCUGUAUGAUAUAUCCGCGUUUUUAGAAGGCAAAGGCCUCACUCUCUCUCCAUCGAAAUCUAAUUGGAUGGUUUUUACUGCUGGCAGGCGCACACCUAUCCCUGACUACUCUCUCUUCAUAGAUUCGAGCUUGAUUCCCAGAGUCGAUAAAGUUAGAUUCUUGGGUGUGAUUCUGGACCAUCGCUUAAUAGGCAAUUAUCAUUAUGAAUAUUUAGUCAAGAAGGAUAAAGCAUUGAUCAACAUUAUCCUGUCACUCACUGCCGUUUGGUGGGGAUCUCACCCACAUUGCCUGCUCACUAUUUACAGAGCUAUUUUUAGAGCCGCCGUGGAAUAUGCAUGCUCCAUUUUUUCCUGGAAGGGCAAUGCUAGAGUACUGCUACGCCUGGAAAGAUUGCAAUAUAAAGCUAUCAGAGCCUCAAUGGGAUACCGCAUAUCUACUCCGACCAAUAUUAUUUUGUGCGAAGCAAGAGAACUGCCAUUUAGACUCAGAUUUAAUCUGCUUAGUGAAAGAUUUAUUUUCAAUCGCAUGUCUUAUAGUAACUCUUUGGUCAUUAACAGUGUCAUGAUCCUGGAGUGUGGCCUGGCGUCACCUGCGAAGAGGGCAUUUGCCCUUACCAAGUCUCCGUCUCUUAAGUGCUACAUCGCUAACAAGCAUGAAAAACUUCAUAUGCAUCGCUCUUAUUCUAUUCCGGCUUUGGGAAGCAGCUUGAGUGCUUUUAUGUAUCGCAAGGACUUCGACAACUUUAUUACCUAUUCCAAGGAAGCCUGUAAUAAUGAAAUUGUUCAAGUUUUUAGUGACCAACUACAGAAUCUGCGAGAACUGGUCCCUGAUGGGCUCUCAUUUUACACCGAUGGCUCAAAACUUGAAGAUGGGAGUGUGGGUGCGGCCUUCUUCUCCCCGGAACUAAGGCAUUGCUUCAAGUAUAAACUGACCUCCAGCUCUUCUGUUUUUUCCGCGGAGGCCUGGGCCAUAUACCAGGCUCUGAUCCUGUCUUUGGAUGCAGGAUACUCUACGGUUUUCAUCUUUUCUGAUUCGCGCAGCGUUCUGGAAGCCGUCGCAUCACAUAAACUAAUUAAUUCCAACUAUAUUAUACGCAAAAUCAAGGAAGCCCUACUUCAACUGGCAGAACGCAAAAUUGUGUGUUCUCUCUUCUGGAUCCCUUCUCACAAAGGCAUUAUGGGAAACGAGAUAGCGGAUAAAGCAGCCAAGGAGGCUUGCAAGGACGGUGCAAAGGGUUUUUCCGCCUAUCUAAAUGACAAAGCCUUAUCCACGGGCACUCAAUAUCAUUUGCUUUACAAUCCGGCUCCUUCUGCGAAACCUUGGUACUACAAGUUUGCUUUAAACAGAAGCGAGAUUGUUUUAAUUAACAGACUGAGAUCUAACCACUACAACCUGAAUUAUAGCCUGUUUAGAAAAAAUAUGGUACAGUCUCCUGCUUGCGUUUGUGGCGAUCCUCGCCAGGAUCUGAAUCAUAUAGUGUUUUACUGCCCGCUGACUAGAAUUAAAGCCAGAUCUUUG